AUGGGACGGUUAGGCAGCAUGAUCUUCGAACAUCUCAUACUUGCUCUAGAAGAGCUUGGAUACCUCUAUGAUCGACGUCAUCUAUGCCGAAAGCUAGAGACUGAUUGGGGUUCACUACCUAGAGUUGGGGAAGAACUAACAACAUGUGUCCGAAAAUUCGGACGUGAAAGAUUACCACCGGGUGUGCGAGACAUAGGCCGCGAACACAUAACGGGUUCUCGGAUGUCAAUGUCAAAUGGAUACGAGAUACUUGAUCCAAAUAAACGCGAGAAUUUUCGAGACGGGAACCCUACCCUAAACGAUAUUGUCAGGAAUAACGAGCCACCCGUUUCUUCUGAAGGAAAUCUCUCAGUGCCAGUCGUUUUCCCUCGUCGACGCUAUGUUGGAGCUAGGAAUGUAAUGACAGUGAAAGAUGUCAAUUUCUUGGGUCCAGAUGACGAUUGGGUUGCCUCUGGAUCUGAUGAUGGUAAUUUCUUCAUAUGGAAUAAAGCAAAUGGUUCCUUGAAGGGCAUAUACGAAGGCGAUGGAUCUGUUGUCAAUGUAAUUGAAGGUCACCCUCACUUACCGCUGAUCGCUGUGAGCGGUAUUGACACGACAGUGAAGGCAUGCUUGUUCGCUCCAACCACGAAACCCAGUGCUUUCUCGAGAACAGAAAAUGCGGAGGCUAUUCUGGAGACUAAUCAACGUAUGAGUGCGACACGUCCACUCCCUAGAUUUCGCAUUGCAUCUCUUCUGGGUGAUGUCAAUAUUGUGGUUGCAGCCACUCCGGAGGAUGGAGAACCUUCGGAAUGCAUAGGACAGUAG